GAAUCAACUUGAUCCAGAAUGGCUCGUACCAAGCAAACUGCGCGUAAGUCCACCGGUGGUAAAGCCCCCCGUAAACAGUUGGCGACUAAGGCUGCUCGCAAGAGUGCUCCAGCGACCGGCGGAGUUAAGAAGCCUCACCGCUACAGGCCUGGAACCGUAGCUCUUCGUGAAAUUCGUCGUUACCAGAAGAGCACCGAACUUCUCAUCCGCAAGCUGCCUUUCCAACGACUCGUUCGUGAAAUCGCUCAGGACUUUAAAACCGAUCUUCGUUUCCAAAGUUCCGCUGUAAUGGCUCUCCAAGAAGCAAGCGAAGCUUACUUGGUUGGUCUUUUCGAAGACACCAACUUGUGCGCCAUCCAUGCCAAGAGAGUAACCAUUAUGCCAAAAGACAUCCAACUCGCACGCCGUAUUCGAGGUGAACGUGCUUAAGUCUAUUUUAGACAUCACAACGGCCCUUUUCAGGGCCAACAAAUAAUAACGAAGAAUUACAUCUGAUCUCAAAUCUAUUUGAAUGCACAAUACUCAAAGUUUCUAUAAGAGAAACCAGCAAGACAAAAUUUUGGAGGUUUUUUUAAAAACACGAUGGUGGAUAAUUCAUUUAGUUUCAACC